AUGAUAGAAGAUGCAGAACGAAAUCGUAUUUGUGAAGAAGUCAAGCCUGAAGAUAGGAGCCCUGAAUUUCCUUCACGAAUUAUAAGAGCUAAGGUGCCUCCAGAAAACUUUACGUUCUACGCCAGUAGCUCGUGCGGCAAUUACCCACUCAAGUGCGAAGACGAUGGAAUUAAAUUCAAAAUAACGAAGCCUCCUCGAACCCAUGAAGAAUUUGAACCAUGCAACUUGAUUAACGAUCUGGCGCUUGUUGAACUUGACCAAGACAUUCGAUCCACAUUGGGCUCACCGAUCUGUAUGAUAGAAAAGGAAGAGCAUUUGGCAGAGGAGUUGACAGGAAUUGGAUACGGAAGAGAUCAUUUGUCAACAUACAACAUAACCACGAUAAGCCGCUACAAGCAAGAAUGCAACAAACUCGAAGAAGUGAUAAGGAGGAUUCUACGUCCAAAGUUAGAAAAACACACUCUGGCUCGUCUUCUUCCCAAGUAUACGUGCAUACCCACGUAUUAUCAGCUUGUGAAAACUCACAAGUUGGAAUUUUCCGAAGAAGGAGAAGUCAUGAGCGACAACGAUAUCAAAACGAGACCGAUUGUAUCCUCUUGCGGAGGCCCAACGGACGCGAUUAGCUGGUUCUUACAGCACAUGUUGUCACCACUGCUCAAUCACGUACCUGCGCAUCUCAAGAACGUUGAUCCUUUCUGA